CGGGCGUUUAAGAGGCAGAGGCGAGAGUAAUAUAUACCGGUGGAGAGGACCUAACAGCUGGACACGGUUGCUCUUCGUUCUUGCCUGUUAGGGACCGGUCGGCUCGUAGUUCAAGAUGAACCUUCGAACGCUGUCUUGCUGGUUGGCCGUGGUUGUGUGCGCGACCUGCACGGGCGUCGCGGGCGGCGUGGGUGCUGUGGUCGAGGACUUGCCACCUCCUGAGAAGCCCAGCAAGAUCCUCAUGCUCCUCCCGAUAUCCAGCAGGAGUGACGUGGAGGUGUUCGUGUCCUACGCCGAGGCCCUGGCUUAUCGUGGCCACAGGAUAGUGAUGCUACUCAACCAAAAACCGGAAAGGAAAAACUUCAACGUCUUUCAACUAUCUCACGGACUCGACCACUUUCGCCAUGAUCAACUGGACGCGUUCGAAUCCCCUGAUGGCGUCUUAGACUUAGUUUCCCGCGAUAAGCUUGCCUCUUUCACCAGAGAAUUCUAUCAGCUCGAUGAGGUGAAGGCGCUCUAUGAGAUGAGGAAGAAAUUCGAUCUUAUUGUUGUUCAUCAGAUGCUAAGUGAGGUAGUUUAUCCAUUCCUUCACGAGGUGCCUUUUAUCUUCCUCUCGACGGCUGGGCUCGACUCACAACAGAGUGCUACGCUCGGAAACGUUUUAAAUCCUGCCUUUGAGAUAGAGCCUCUUCUUCAGCCUCUUGACGCCCUUAAACUUUUCCAGAGCACGUUUGCACACUGUUUCCGCCUCUGGUAUCGGAAGUAUUGGACUGUGGUGCCUGCUGUUCAAAGGGAGAUCUCGGCGCUGUUCCCCGAGCUUCCUCCUCUGCUAGACCUUGAACGUAAUCAGAGCCUCGUCCUCGUGAACUCACACUUCAGCUUAGGUCCACCACUUCCGCUUCUCCCCUCGCAGGUGGAAGUGGGCGGCAUCCAUUGCAGACCCGGCCAACCUCUUCCUGAAGACCUAGACACAUGGAUCUCUGGUGCUGGAGAAACCGGUGUAAUUUACCUCAGUCUGGGCUCCAACGGACAACCGUUUUCUAUGCCCUCCCAGUAUCGCCAAGUACUAACUCAAGCGCUCGGGAAGUUGGACCAGAAAGUCAUAUGGAGAUACAUGGGCGAGGUAGACAACGCCUCUGACAAUGUGUUGGUCAGACAAUGGCUUCCACAGCAAGACAUUUUAGCUCACCCAAACGUCAAGGCGUUCAUCAACCUCGGCGACUUCCUCAGCAUUCAGGAGGCUGUUUGCCACUCGAAGCCUGUCCUUGCACUUCCUAUUUCGACCCAACAGACGAAGAACGCGGCCACCGUCAGGAACUCCGGCCUCGGGCUUGAGCUGGAGUGGGAGGACCUCACUGAAGAACUUUUGUUAAGAGCCCUGCGAGAGAUCGUUGAGAACCCGAAAUUCCAAGAGGCGGCCUCGGAAAUAUCCUCCGCCCUUCGCGACCAGCUCCGCACGCCCCUGGACCUCGCCGUGUUCUGGACCGAGUACGUGAUCCGGCAGGAGGGCGCCCCCAGGCUGAGGAGUCCUGCCGUCGACCUCUCGUGGGUGGAAUUCCUCAUGCUCGACGUCCUGGCCGCCCUGCAUGUGGUCCUCCUCCUCUCAUUCCAAGAGGCGGCCUCGGAAAUAUCCUCCGCCCUUCGCGACCAGCUCCGCACGCCCCUGGACCUCGCCGUGUUCUGGACCGAGUACGUGAUCCGGCAGGAGGGCGCCCCCAGGCUGAGGAGUCCUGCCGUCGACCUCUCAUUCCAAGAGGCGGCCUCGGAAAUAUCCUCCGCCCUUCGCGACCAGCUCCGCACGCCCCUGGACCUCGCCGUGUUCUGGACCGAGUACGUGAUCCGGCAGGAGGGCGCCCCCAGGCUGAGGAGUCCUGCCGUCGACCUCUCGUGGGUGGAAUUCCUCAUGCUCGACGUCCUGGCCGCCCUGCAUGAAAAGACAUGA